GGAUCCCAGGAUCUUAUGACAACUUUUAGCCAACCCCCAAGUGAGAGAGAGACUGCGCCUCGGACUAUCUUCCAGAGAGUCCUGGAUAUCUUAAAGAGGUCUUCUCAUGCUGUCGAGCUGGCCUGCAGGGACCCGUCCCGAGUGGAACACCUGGUGUCCAGCCUGCAGUUAAUAACAGAAUGCUUCCGGUGCCUCCGAAAUGCUUGCAUUGAGUGUUGUGUGAACCAGAACGCCAUCAGGAACUUGGAUGCAGUCGGUGUCGCGGUGGACUUGAUUCUUCUCUUCCGGGAACUGCGAGUGGAACCGGAAGUCCUGCUGCCAGCUUUCCGCUGUGGCCUGCAGUUUUUAGGCAAUAUUGCCUCACGGAAUGAAGACUCCCAGGCGAUCGUUUGGGUGCAUGCUUUCCCAGAACUCUUCCUGUCCUGCUUAAAUCAUCCAGACAAAAAAAUUGUUGCCUAUUCUUCAAUGAUUUUGUUCACAUCUCUUAAUUCGGAAAGAAUGAAAGAACUGGAAGAAAACCUCAAUAUUGCCAUUAAUGUCGUAGAAGCGCACCAAAAGCAGCCUGAGUCAGAAUGGCCGUUCCUGGUUAUUACAGACCAUUUUCUGAAAAGCCCGGAAUUGGUAAAAGCCAUGUAUGCCAAAAUGAGCAAUCAAGAAAGGGUUACGUUGUUAGACCUUAUAAUAGCCAAGAUAGUGGGCGAGGAGCCUCUGACCAAGGACGACAUCCCUGUGUUUCUGAGCCACGCCGAGUUGAUCGCAAGCACCUUCGUGGAUCAGUGCAAGAUCGUGCUGAAGUUGACCGCUGGGCAGCAUGCUGAUGAUGAGGAGGUAUUGGCUACAAUUAGGCUUCUCGACGUCCUGUGUGAGAUGACUGCUAAUACUGACCUGCUCGGCUACCUUCAGGUUUACCCUGGCUUGCUGGAGAGAGUGAUUGAUGUUUUACGACUGAUUCAUGUGACUGCCACUGACCCCACAAACAUCUUUAGUACCUCUGGGUGCAUAAAAGCGGAAGGUGAUGUCGCAAACAUGGCCGAGGGGUUCAGGUCUCAUCUCAUUCGUCUGAUUGGAAAUAUGUGCUAUAAGAAUAAAGACAACCAAGACAAGGUCAACGAGCUGGACGGCAUCCCCUUGAUCCUGGACAGCUGCGGCCUCGACGACAGCAACCCCUUCCUGACGCAGUGGGUGGUGUACGCCAUCAGGAACCUCACGGAAGACAACAGCCAGAACCAGGACCUGAUAGCCAGGAUGGAGGAGCAGGGGCUGGCCGACGCGUCCCUCCUCAGAAAGAUGGGCUUUGAAGUGGAGAAGAGGGGGGACAAGCUGGUCCUGAGAGCCACCAGCACCCCUCCGCCGUGAAUGGCCUCCGUCCAGACGUCUGGGUUUCUGGAGCCUGCUUCGCGGGUUUUCUGUCCUCGGCAUAUGUGAAAUCGUGCGUGUGGAGAUUCAGCGCCAGGGCGCGCGAUGCUCUUAGAUGUAGUCUGUGUGUCAGCUUAGAGGUGGAAGUGCGUGAGUGGCCUGUCGUUUGUGUGCUUUAAACGUAGCUGUGUGGUGCGCCUUCCCGUGGAUGCCGCGGGCAUUCCCGCCCCAGAUGGCACCUCUUGCAGCAGCGGGUGAGGAGUGGAUUGCUCGCGGAGGCUGCGGCGACUUGGCGGGACGCGUUUGCUGGGACCCCGUUUGUCCUUCAGGUGGCGAGUCAGCUUCCUUCCUUUUGUCUCCCUCUUCCCACUGGGCCUCCUGAACUCCGCCGGCUACCAAAGUCAUUCCCUGUGACUGAUUCACCCCUCUGCCUUUCCAGAACUGCAGGCUCUCUUCCAGUUAAUUCAUCCAAGAGACGCUGAAGAAUAGAGCCCAUUCCCUUUUUGUGUUAGGUACUGGGCUGUGUUGUCCCCAAGCCCUGUCCCUUCAUAGCCAGAGCUUGGGGGCCACUAACUGUUUUCCUUCCAGAGCAUUCUAGAAGCAGGCUUCUCAGAACUCAUUCUGUGUAAAGCUGAUGCCUGCCUCUUACCCACCUCCGUGCUCCAGGAGGGGAGGAGUGCCGUGUGCUCGGCUCCGACGCGGGGCCUGGCUAAGGGUCCGGCUGUCUUCAGGUCACCGCAGCCGUCUCAUAGGGGCCGCCGCUCCGUGUUGGCCGUGGCCUCGCUGGAAUUGCAAAGCAGCUCUGGGGAGCAGAGGUAAUUUGACCAGAUCUGUUCAUCUGUCUGUCUUUACCCUCCUAUGUAUAUUCAUAUUGGAGUAGAAUAGGGCUGAGUAGGCACCAGUCUUUGUGACCGUCUAGAUAUGAGCCUAGAGCCUCUGCUGGGUGUCACUCUGUCAGUGCGUGACACGUCUCAUCUCCUCGAGCAGCCAUGUGGCUCAGCUCAGGCACCUAGAGGUUUUGCACAGUUCAUGGUGAACCUUCCAAAAUCAAAACGACAGAGCCAACCAGACGUUUUCCCAAAAUACUGAGUGUCCCAAUGUUUUUGUAGCCACACUUCAUUUGCUUUGUAAAAACUCCCCAUGCACGUUACGACUGAAAUAAAAGUUUUCCACUGUGGUA